GCAGCGCUUGAUGGUUGUUUCGUCUUUAGUCGGUUAUUUCGCGAUAAUCGGAGUUCAUCCCAGCAGUGUAGUCGGUCAGAACAGAAAAGUUCAGUGAAACUGAUAACCGCAGAAGAGAGACAACGGUGAUAAGGACCAUUAUGGUUCCAGCGAGGUUCUCUAUCGCAGUGCUGGUGCUAGUGAUUGCUGUGGUGCACCCAAGUUUGACCUGUAGUAAAGUUCCGGUUUUUAACGGACGUCCGGUGACGAAGGAGAAACGACCGGGCGACAAUGGAUACCGGUUGGCAGUUCGGAACGAACCCAGUGGCUAUGAACCAGGAAAAAUCUAUAACUUGUUUCUCGUCGGUUCCCGCACGCACGUGAAGUUGCAACAGUUCACCCAUUUCAUGCUGACCGCCCAGGCCAGCGGUGGCACUGCGAAGAAUGCUCGAACCUUCAUUGCCGGUCCUAAGCGAGUCGGACGCUUUCAGCUGUUCAGCGAUUCGCUGACAAAGUUCUACGAUCAUUGUGUGAAUACCGUGACACAGGCGGACGAUUUUCCCAAGACCGAGAUCCAGGUGAUGUGGGUUGCACCGGCUAGCGGUUCCGGGUGCGUUAGCUUGUCGGCCAUGGUUUUCGAAGGGGAGGAUUCUUGGUAUUCAGAUGACGGUGCACUAACCAAGGUCCUGUGUGAAAUAAAACCCGAUCCGUCCUCGGUGAAGGGGGAAUGUUGCGCUUGCGAUGAGGCUAAGUACAAUUUCAUAUUCGAGGGCAUCUGGUCAAACGAAACACACCCCAAAGAUUUCCCAUUUGCGGUUUGGCUCACUCAUUUCUCUGAUGUCAUUGGUGCAUCCCACGAUACCAACUUUUCAUUUUGGGGUGAAAAUCACAUCGCAACCGAUGGAUUUCGCUCACUUGCCGAAUGGGGCUCGGUUCGUCAACUCGAGCAGGAGCUGCGCGGUAAAGGUUCUCGGCUCAGAACGCUUAUAAAGGCUGGUGGUUUGUGGUAUCCGAGGGUAAACUCAAACACGACCUCAAACUUCCGCGUUGAUCGAAAACAUCACAAAGUUUCGUUGGCCUCAAUGUUUGGUCCAUCCCCAGAUUGGGUGGUCGGUGUAAGCGGACUUGAUCUUUGCAGCGAAGAUUGCACUUGGGUGGAGUCGUUGGACGUUGAUUUGUUUCCGUGGGAUGCAGGAACUGACAACGGUAUCAGCUAUAUGUCGGCAAACUCCGAGACCCAACCGCGAGAAAGAAUGCAUCGUAUAACGACACUGUAUCCGGAAGAUCCGCGGGCUCCUUUUUAUAAUUCAAGAGCUAAAGAAAUGAUUCCGCUGGCGAAGGUUUACUUCCGGCGGGAGAAGGUGAUCCAUCGAAAUUGUGAUGAUGAGUUUCUUCAGGCACAGGUACUGGAAUUAGCCGAGAACACAGAAGAGGUCACCAGGCCGGAAUGCGAAACUACAAAUUAUAGCGAUUGGACACCAUGCUCGGUAAGCUGCGGUAAAGGAAUUCGCAUGAGAACAAGAGAGUACUUGCAGCCAGAGAAGGCAGCAAGGUUCCAGUGCAAUAGACAGUUGAUAUCGAAGGAAAUGUGUGUAGCAGAUAUUGCCGAGUGUUCAGAUGACACACAAGAUCUCGAGGAUAGUUCAGAAGAUAUUGGAAAAACGGCGGCAAACGUAAACGACGAGGGUGAAGGAAUUGGUGUUUGUAAGACUACGAGAUGGAGCGAAUGGUCGGAAUGUUCCGCGAGCUGUGGAAUUGGAGUCUCCAUGCGAACUAGAACAUUUGUCGAUCACGCUGGAAGAAAGAAGUGUCCUCACAUAAGGACUGUUGAAAAGGAAAAAUGUAUGCAACCGGAAUGUUCACUAACAGAUAUGGAGGUACCGGAUUCUAUGUGCCCCGUGACAUCCUGGAGCGAUUGGAGUCCAUGCAGUGCUACUUGCGGUAGAGGGGUGAAAAUCCGAACCCGUCUACUGUUGGUUACGCCGGACCUUCAACAAAAAUGCUCACAGAGAGUAGAACUGAACCAACAGCGUGCUUGUACCGAGAAAGCGGAUUGUUUGUUUGAUGUGUUUACUGCCAGGGAAAUCUGUUCUCAAGCUCCAGACGUUGGUCCUUGCAGAGGGAAGUAUGAACGAUUCGCGUAUGAUGGAGGAAGAGAGCUUUGUGUGCCAUUUGUCUACGGAGGUUGUCGGGGUAAUCGAAACAAUUUCUUGACCAAUGAGGACUGCAUGCAGACCUGCCAGCGCACCAAAGAUUACGGCGAUAACCGAGAUCUUCGCCGACAGUCUUUAAUAGAAGAUCCAAGACGCUCUCCGCAACAGGAAGCCGGCUUACCGGUUGAUUGUGUUUUAUCGGACUGGACCGAGUGGAGUUCUUGUAGCGUUACCUGCGGAACAGGUCGUUCUGAAAGGUACCGAAAUGUGCUGGUUGAAGCUCGAAAUGGAGGCCAACCUUGUCCCAACAGGAUAAUAAAGCGACGAAAAUGUACUGGUCCUCCAUGCGCUUAGGCAACUUUUCAAUCUAAAGUUUGGCAUUUAGCAACACAUUUAAAAAUUAUCUGAUAGUAGUAAAAUUGACCAUAUCUGAUAAAAAUUAUUCAACUUCUGGUUAGAUUAUCGGAAGACAGUGUUUGUCGUUGAAGACAAUGUAGUUUUGGAAAAAUUGCUAUGGGACUAUAAUAAAUCAAACAUGA